AUGCCAUUAGGCGAUCGCCGUCCUAGCGACCUUUUCAAUGAGAUGAAGCGUUCAGCCGGCUCCGCUUUGAGUGAGAGCAUUCUGGACGAUUUAUGGGUCAACCGCUUGCCUGCAUAUACGCAAGCAGCUAUUAUAGCAACCAAUGUACCGAUAUCCGAAAAAUUAAAGAUGGCUGACUCCAUUGUUGAGUCAAUUCAACUACGAGAAGGACGCGUUAACGAAGCGUGGGGCAUACAAAACAACUCAGAUUCAGAUCUCAGGACCGAAAUAGCUACACUUACACAGUGCCUCGAUAAAGCGUUAGAUAACGGCAAAACCCAUUACCAUUCGCGUUCUAAAACACCAGCACGACAUCGAAAGUCAGACAACGGUUCUGAUGACAUGUGUUGGUAUCAAAGAAAAUUUGGUCAAGACGCUAAAAGAUGUCGGCUACCAUGCAAGCUCACUGGCUCACCACCAACAAACGUUUCACAACAGGGUUGCUCCGCCAUUGGCUUUUCAGAGAUUGGAAAACGGUCUGAAAUGCCGUCGAACUUUCGAAUACGUAUAUUUGAUACGUCCACAAAAAUAAAUUUUUUAAUCGACUCAGGUGCAGACGUGUCUACGAUAUCAAAAUGUUCGAAAUUGGCUAGAGCAACACCAUCGGAUAUGAAACUGUUUGCUGGGAACGGUACACCAAUUCAAGUUUUUGGUGAAAUAAAACCUACGAAGGGAUUUUGUGUGGAAUUUUGUGAUUUCUGA